CAACCUUAGCCAACCAAAAGUUAUUGUGAAUUAUCAUAUCAUGGAACAAGGAUAAUAAAACUCAGUCGUCUACUAAAACACCUCACCCCAUUCUUUCUUCUUCUUCUGGCAUGGCUACCAUUAACACUUGUCUCCUCUCUCCAAAUAUAAUCUCAGCUUCUCCAAUUUCUAGAUCAGUGAGCAAAUCCAUAUUUCCUCCUCAUCUCUGCAGUCCCCUCCAGUACACUAGCUUAACAAGAAAUAUUCAAUUGCCAGGGGUAGCUUCCAUCUCAUACCCGCCCAUCGACACGGAAUACUUGGAAAGUGAGUUCAGUGGACAUGGAGUUACCUUCACAGGAGUUAAUGACAGCUGUGUUGUCCGCAUGGCGUUGGAGAACGGAAGUAUAGCUAACUUGAUGCUUCCAAGUGGUUUGAUCACAUCAUACAAAGCUCAAAUGUGGCAUGGAGGCACAUUGGAGUUGUUGCAUACCACUGUCUCACAAGGACAGAAUGGUUCACCAGUCAUUGAAGGAGGAGUUUCACUAGCCUGCAUUUGCGACAACGAUCAUGGUCUUUCAUGGUCUCCAAGUUCUUGGGCUCUUCAUCAAGUUAUAGGAGAUCCUCAAGAAUCUAUUCAGGUGGAAUUGAUUUGUACAAGUUCAGAUGGAAAGAUUGAAGCUAAGUAUAUGGUUACUUUGCAACAAGAUGUUUUAACUUCAGAGAUUAAAGUCUUUAAUUUAGGUAAGUCACGCCUCCGAAUGAUGGGUUCAGUUCUUAGCCAUCUUACAGUAAGCACACCAGAAGCCAGUUAUGCAGUCGGAUUGGAAGGUUCAGAUUUCUUCAACAAACCUCCAUUUUUGGCUAACUUCAGCAUCCUUCCUCCUGGCUUUGGGAAGAAAAAGAAUCAGGCUUCUAAAAGACUUUGGGAUCCUAAAUCAAUUGGGGGAAUAUUCUCCAGCUGGGGUACAAAUGAGACAAUUGCAAGAGAAACAGAACAAGAGUUGGAGGGUGAAGAAACUGACAACUACAAGCAUUUGACUGAGGAAAUGAGCAAAAUUUAUCAAAGUGCACCUAGGAACUUCACACUCAUUGAUCGGGGAAGACGAAACUCAGUGGUAGUAGGACGGGACGGGUUCAAAGAAGUGUACAUGCUGAGUCCUGGCUCCAGUCAUGAAAGUUAUGGAAGAUAUUCAUAUAUAUGUGUUGGGCAAGCAGCUUUGCUUCAACCAAUAAUCAUCGAAUCGCAGAGUGAAUGGAGAGGUAAACAAAGUUUGCAUAACCCAAAUAUGUGAAUUUCUGAACCAGCAGAUGAACUUAUUUUCACACAGAAUGGAGCUCUCAUUAGUGACUAAACAAGUCAACAGAUGGAAGACAACACUAUCACAAGACAAACAGAUACAAUUGGUUUGAAAUACCAUUUGAUUGUUAGAAGGAGAGCUCUGUUUUCCUGUUGCCCAUGUUUUCCCUCGUUAACUUGGCUACAACUUGUAGAUAUAAUUUCAUUCAUCAAUUUACUCAACAAGCUAUAGAGAUCAAA